AUGUCGCCAAACUUUUUAUCGACAAGAAAGUGUGGAAAAGUUCAUCUCACGGAUGUAAGACAUUUUCCUUUGAUACACUUCACUAAUCUAUUUUUUUUCUUUCAAUUUUUAGUAAACAAAAAAGGCGAAAGCGGCCGAACAGCUCUUCAUCUCGCUGCUGAGAGUGGUAAUUUGGAGGACGUUAAAAAGCUAAUUGCGAAAGGAGCCAGAGUUGAUUCUGAAGAUCAAUUUCAUCAGACACCUCUUCAUUUAGCUACUGAGAAUGGACACAAGGAUGUCGCUGAAAGGCUUAUCAGCAAUGGGGCCAAAGUUGAUGUUAAAGACCAUUAUAAUCAGACAGCUCUUCAUUAUGCUGCUAUGAAGGGUCUCAAGGAUGUCGCUGAAAAAAUCAUCACGAAAGGAGCCAAUCUUGAUUUAGGAGAUAAAAAUGGUGAGACACCUCUUCAUUUAGCUGCAAUGAAAGAUUAUGAGUUUUAG